AUGCCCACUCGACACCUCUCAAAAGACUACCCAUGGGUAUCCUCACCACCAAUCAUCUCAGCACCCAUGAGCGGUUUCGCUGGUCCCGCUCUAGCUUAUGCAGUCUACAAAGCAGGCGGUAUAGGGUUUCUCGGUGGUCUCCCAGACAUAGAAGCCCUCCGUACAGCUCUCCAAAACGUCACAGAACUAGUCACAGGAACCCGUGCUCCAAAACCUGGACACACAUUACCCAUUGGCUUAGGAGCCCUGUUGUUUGCACAAAGGCUCGAGGAUGUCGUCGGGUUGAUUGCUGAGUUUCGUCCUGUGGCGGUAUGGUUAUUUGCCGCAUACGAGUCUGCAGAUUUUGCGCGUUGGGCAGAAGAGAUUCGCAAAGUGAGCGCGAACACCAAGAUCUGGAUUCAGAUCGGCAGUGUAAGAGGCGCAGUCCAACUAGCCCAAUCCUGCAAGCCAGAUGUACUUGUACUGCAAGGCGCAGAUGCAGGCGGCCACGGCGGUGAGAAAGGCGCAGGCAUCAUCUCUCUGAUCCCAGAGACCUUGCUCGCAUUACAAAGACUGAGGUUAUCGGGCAACAUGUCCAUUGUAGCGGCAGGCGGUAUAGCAGAUGGCUCUGGCGUUGCCGCGGCUCUGACACUCGGCGCAGACGGGAUAGUGAUGGGCACCAGAUUCCUCGCCGCAGAAGAAACAACAGUACAUCCCUUGUACCGCACCGCAAUCCUCGAAACCGAGGAUGGAGGCCAGACAACCGUUCGAGCGAAGCUUUUUGAUGAGUUGGCUGGUCCAAACAUCUGGCCCAAAGCUUUCGACGGCAGGGCUCUGAUUGCUCAAAGCUACAAGGAUCACAUCGAGGGUAUCUCGAUUGAUGAGAUUCGCAACUUUCAUGCUGAGGCGAAGCGGACUGAUCAUCUCGGCUUCGAUCAGGAGAAUAGGAGGGCAGCAAUUUGGGCAGGUACGGGAGUCGGCCUCGUGCGUGAGAAAGCGCCUGCCGCAGAAAUCCUCACAGAGGUUCGCGAAGCUGCAAAAGUGGCACUGAAAAGAGCGCUGUCGAAUUUGGAGUGA